GCCAGCUUUGGGUGGUCUCCUUACAUCAUCUUUUCGGCAGCACCAGGAGACCUUGGCAGCAGAAAGAGAAAGACGACGUCAGGAGAGAGAAGAAAGGUUGCAAAGGAUAGAACGUGAAGAAAGAAACAAAUUCAACCGCGAUUAUUUAGACAAAAGAGAAGAACUAAGACAAGCAAGAGAAGAGAGAUACAAAUACUUGGAGAGGUUGGCAGCGGAGGAGUAUGAGAAGGAGCUGAAGAGUCGGAGCAUAAGCCGAGGCAGAAGUGAGCUGUCCUUAAACCUGAGAUCUCCUUCAGCCCCAUCCUCGCCUGUACCCAAGUGCAUCAGCCCAGCAUCCGCAGAGUCCCAGGAAGAGCUGAAGACCCCUUCCACUCCCUGUGGGACCCCUCAGCCCUCAGAAGUGAGUGCCAGUGAACCUGAACCAGAGACAGAGACAGAACCAGAACCAGAACCAGAGCAGGAGGCUGAGGCUGAGGCCGAGCAGGGAACGGAGACACCCAAGGAAGUAGAGGCUACAGAGGUGGGACCAGAGAGUGAGGUGGAGCAAGGACCAGAGAGAGAGCCAGAAGAAAGUGCAAUACUCAGUGAAAAAGAGAGGCAGAAUGAGGAAGUGAAUGAAAAAGACAACUGCUCUGCAUCCAGCAUAUCCUCAGCAAGCAGCACUUUAGAGAGGGAAGAGAGAGAGGACAAGUUAACCAGUGACAAUGAAACUGGUCCAUGGUCGCAGACCAUUCAGGAUGCUGGUGUGAAUGAGCAGUGCAGCAACAUCCUCAACAACAAGCGGUUUAUGCUGGACAUGUUGUAUGCGCAUAACAAAAAGCCCAAGGAUGAAGAGGAGAAGGAGCUGGAGGCGAAGGAGGAAAAGAAGGAGACGGAGGAAAGCGACGAGUCACUCACUAGCCUAGCCAGUAGGAUCUCUAUCCUUCAGGCGACGAAGCAGGCCAAAGAUGAAAGUGUCAAAAAGAUGGAGAUCGGAAAUCUGGACAACCAAGGCAGCGUGAAAGCCUUUGCGGAAAAAUUCAACAGUGGUGAGCUGGCCAAGGGGACAGCCAUGCCUGAAGAUGAAAUCAGUGAACAGGUCCCCGAGAAAACACCAGCACAGCCAAAGAAGGAAUCUGACUACAUCUGGGAUCAGCUCAUGGCUAAUCCUAGAGAACUUAAAAUCAAAGACAUGGAUUUUACAGACUUGGGGGAGGAGGAUGAUGUAGAUGUGUUGGACAUGGAUAUGGGUCCUGGGGACUCCCUUGUUCCCCCUCCUCCACCUCCACCUUCUUUUCUGGGUUUGCCUCCUCCACCACCUCCCCCGCUGUUUGGAUGUCCGCCUCCACCUCCACCCUCUGCUAAUUUAUUGGCUCCUCCUCCGCUGUUCAGCACUCCUCAGGGUUUAGGGUCACCCCAGGUUUCUAGGGGUCAGCCAGCAUUUAUAAAGAAGAAGAAAACCAUCCGUCUGUUUUGGAACGAGGUACGGCCAUUUGAGUGGCAGUGUAAAAACAACAAACGCUGCAGAGAAUUCCUGUGGUCGAAACUGGAACCCAUUAAGGUGGACACUUCCAAACUGGAGCAUCUCUUUGAGUCUAAAUCCAAGGAACUGCCUGUCACAAAGAAAACUGCUGCAGAUGGGAAGCGACAGGAGAUCAUUGUAUUGGACUCAAAACGAAGCAAUGCUAUUAAUAUUGGCUUGACUGUGUUGCCCCCUCCCCGGACUAUCAAGACUGCUAUUUUGAACUUUGACGAAUAUGCCUUAAACAAGGAAGGAAUAGAGAAAAUCCUGACCAUGAUCCCAACCGAGGAGGAGAAGCAAAAGAUCCAGGAGGCGCAGCUGGCGAACCCUGAUGUCCCCCUGGGCAGCGCCGAGCAGUUCCUUCUCACCCUCUCCUCCAUCAGCGAACUCUCCGCCAGGCUCCAGCUCUGGGCUUUCAAGAUGGACUACGAGAUAGUGGAAAAGGAAGUUGCAGAACCACUUCUAGACCUGAAGGAAGGAAUGGACCAACUGGAGCACAAUAAAACUUUGGGAUUUAUCCUUUCUACUCUACUAGCCAUUGGGAACUUUCUGAACGGAACCAACGCCAAAGCUUUUGAGUUGAGCUACCUCGAGAAGGUUCCAGAAGUCAAGGACACGGUGCAUAAGCAGUCCCUCCUGCACCACGUCUGCACUAUGGUGGUAGAAAAGUUCCCAGACAGCACUGAUCUUUAUUCAGAGAUCGGGGCCAUCACUAGGUCAGCCAAGGUUGACUUUGAACAACUCCAGGAAAACUUGUGUCAGAUGGAAAGACGGUGCAAAGCAUCAUGGGAUCACCUUAAGGCUAUAGCAAAGCAUGAAAUGAAGCCAACUUUAAAGCAAAAAAUGUCCGAGUUCCUUAAAGACUGUGCAGAAAGAAUCAUAAUCCUGAAGAUUGUUCAUAGAAGAAUAAUUAACAGGUUUCAUUCAUUUUUAUUAUUUAUGGGCCAUCCUCCCUAUGCAAUACGUGAAGUCAACAUCAAUAAGUUCUGCAAAAUUAUUAGCGAAUUUGCUCUGGAAUACCGCACCACCAGGGAACGAGUUUUGCAGCAAAAACAGAAACGAGCUAACCACAGGGAAAGAAACAAGACCAGAGGGAAAAUGAUAACAGAUACCGAUGAAGAAGAGGAUACUGAGUCUGGCAAGUUCUCCAGCAGCUCACCGCCCUGCCAGAGCCAGCCCCAGGGGCUGCAGUACGCAGAGGACGCUGCAGAGCACGAGAACAUGAAGGCCGUGCUGAAGACCUCCUCCAUCGGCGGGGAAAGCACCACGGCGCUCGGGGUCCGCACUCGAAGCCGAGCCAGCCGAGGCCGUAUCGGUUCAUGGAACGCUGGCAACGAUGAUUCACCUAAUGCAACAGAUGAUGCAGCAGAUGAGAUCAUGGAUCGCAUUGUAAAGUCCGCCACCCAAGUGCCAAGCCAGCGAGCGGUGCCUAGAGAGAGGAAGCGAUCACGAGCAAAUAGGAAGUCAUUAAGAAGGACACUAAAGAGCGGACUGACACCAGAAGAAGCCAAAGCACUGGGCCUCAUCAGCACCUCUGAGAUGCAGGUUUGACAUCCAGAGGUGGCAACGAGAAGAGCCAUUCAUCUGAAGCACACAGGCUGACAACCUUUUGGUGUGGCAUUGACCUGCCAGCCUCCUCUGCUGCUCCCAACAUCCUGUCCUCUGUUAGUUUGAUUUUAAUAAGCAACAAAAGCGAAACCCCACAGCCAGGGCAGAAGGGUGUGCCACAGCUCAGCCCAACAUCUGGACAGUAACUGAGGAAGCAUUUGUGUGCUUGUAGGUGAAAGCAUAUGGCUGCUUCUUCUCUCAUGGUGUGUUGGUGUGGGUAGGAAGGGGCUCUCUCUGAGUUAUCUGUCAUGUGAGCUGUGUUGGCGUUGGCUUUCCUUGUGCCCUGUUUUAGUCAUUGUAAAUGUAUGGCAUUUUGUCAAUGCAAGGAACAGUCCUUAAAGAGGCAAAAUAACUCCUGUUACAGCAACCCCAACUUUCCUGAAGCAGAUUCAUUAAGCAAAGAUGCACAGUCUGUGCAACCCUGUGGUUUGGGGUUUUUUUUAAUUAUUAUUUUGCCACCAAAGAAUGUAAAAAUGUGUGUGUACCUUUGUAUAUG